AUGAUCAAUUCCUCGUUGCUUUGUGUUUUUCUGUGCAUCCUGAUCUCUGCUCCAUUCACAAGGUCUCGUCCUUCUGAAGAGCAUCCAAUGUACACAGCAGCUCGUCUUACUGAUGAGUACAAGCAUAUUCUUGAUGGAAAGAUUAAGCUCGCCGAAAGCCACAUUUUCACAGAUGAUGUCACAGUUGACGAUUGCGGAAAAGGAGGAAACUUUGAUUAUCUUUCUGAUAAGCUUGACUCUUUAAUUCCAACACUCAGUGAAAUCAAUGUAUCUGUGAAGUUUGCGUACCCUGUUCCAUUCACCAACAAUACGAUUGAAUUUUCGAUCGACGAAAUUCUAACUCUUCAUGAUGGAAAUGUACAGCAAGGGGAAAAAGCUUUCUUCGCAAGAACAGACGAGAAGGACGACAAAUACAGAAUUUAUGACAUUCGUGCUGUACCGUGCUAUUCUUCACAAUAAAAAGUUUUAUGACGAGCUAUCAUUGUUUUAUCAUCUGAGAAUAAAAUAGGGUUGAGCUGAAUUAAAAAGGUCGAUGCUUUCCCAAUUUUGGUAUUCCUUCUGUAUAUUGUUUAGUCCAUUCAGUUUGUAGGCAGAUCAAUCAAUUUUUAGGUUUAUAUAAAUAAUCCUAAAGUCGAUUGCUCUACCCACAAAAAGUAAUGUUGACUUGAAGUUAUGUAUAUGAAAUUAUGAAACUAAA